CAUUCCACUAAUUUUGGCUGUAUUGUGCUCCUACCGAUUUUUCGCGAAGGCAGAUGCCAUUUAUUUAAAGAGGAAGAAGAAUUUCCGACAUUCGGCGAACAUAAUAACUGACUUUUUGACCCUUUCGACUUGAUAUUAUAAAAAGAUUGUGAACAAUUUUCUCACGAUUGUGUUCGUCGAAUCGCGAUGUCCAAUAUAGACGGACAUUCUGCCGAGAAUAGCAAGAAUCGCUACUUCCAUGGAUCAAGACGAAGAGGUGGUUACCAGCACAAGCCUGGCAGACGGAGCUUCAAACGCACCUUAGAUCGAUCACCACGAGAAAACGUGAAGAGAAGCAAAUUGGAUAUUGGCAGUAGAUUGAAAGAAUCUGACAUAGGAAUUACGGAAUAUAUUGGCAAGCAUCUUGGCUUUUCUGCGAUAAUUAAAGAGAGGUACAACGAUUUUCAUGUCAACGAGAUAGAUCUUAAUGGACAAGUGGCCAAGCUGACCCAUCAAGACAUCCCGCGUAAUCCCAGUGACGACGAAAGUAUCGAAGAUCUGAAAGCAUUGGUGUCAUUGACAAUAUGGGAUCAGCUGCAAGCUUUGGGAAAGGAAAAUCCUUCGAGUGUGGAAAUUGAUGUGACUAACAUUGAUAAAAUUGAACGUAGGACUAUUCAUACAAUUGCUAAGAAAUUAGCGAAUGUCGUCAGCCAGACAGUAGAUAAGGGCGAUAAAAAGUUCCUCACAAUUGUGCCGAAUACUAAAAAUGACAUAAAUGGUCCCAAGAUUCGCAAAGAUAAGAGAAUAGAUUGGAGCAGAUGUGGAGGAGAUUAUUGUUACUUUCUGUUGCACAAAGUAAAUAUGGAUACAAUAAGCGUUGUGAACCAGUUAGCUGUAAGCUUGCGAUUACAGCCAAAUAACUUUUGUUACGCCGGCACGAAAGACCGCCGAGCCUGGACGACUCAGUGGAUUAGUUUGAGAAAGGUAGAACCGCAUAACAUAUUGCGAGCUGGUAAAAGUAUACGCGGUGCGUAUGUAGGGAACUUUAAAUACGCUAAAGACAGUCUGAAAUUAGGAAUGCUGAGUGGUAAUCAGUUUAGAAUAGCGCUGAGAAAUGCCUGUGAAACAGACGAAAAGAUCGAGCGAGCGAUGAAGUCAUUGCAGGACAAUGGCUUUAUUAAUUAUUACGGUUUACAAAGAUUUGGAUCAGUACCUACUAUACCCACACACGAAAUUGGGAAAUGUCUACUUCAGGGUAAAUGGCAUGAAGCAAUUGAACUAAUUCUGAAACCACGACCAGAAACGGAUAACGAAUUGGCGGAAGUUAGACGAAUCUAUGCGGAAAGCAAGGAUGCCCGUGCUGCCUAUGCCAAGCUCAAAAGAAUCGAUACAAUUGAAGCCAGACUUUUGAAAGGUCUACAAAUAUCGGGUGACAAAAAUCCUCUAGGUGUACUCGACUCAAUCCCUCGAAACAUUCGAUUAAUGUAUAUUCAUGCUUAUCAAAGUUUCGUAUGGAAUCAUAUUGUGUCGAAAAGGAUAGAACAGUUCGGAACAAAAGUGGUCGUAGGUGAUUUAGUUUAUGACAAACAGAAUUGCAAAGAGACUAUAAAUAAUGAAAGUACGGAUUAUCCUUUGAAUGAUAAUGAAGACAUUAAAGAUAAAACUGAUAUUACCUCUGUCGAAGAAAAAGAUAUCGAGUCAACAUCGAAUGAAGUAAAUAAAGAAAAUUCGGAGCAGGAUUUUCCAACAGUAAAAAUUCUUACAGAAGAAGAUUUAUCGAAUUACAUUUUGACUGAUGUAGUUAUGCCUCAGCCUGGAUGGAAAGUUACAUAUCCGCCGUAUGCAAAAGCCUGGUACGAUGAAUUUUUAGCUAAGGAUGGAUUAACUACCGAUCUUAGACAAAAUAACAAAAAAUACAGUUUAAGUGGUGCUUAUAGAAAUAUAUUAGAAAUUCCAACGAAUCUAUCUUGGAAGAUUAUGCACUAUGAAAAUAAACAUGACGACUUAAUCUUAUCAGAUAUCGACGAAAUGAGGAAGCAUACGUCUCCGCAGGAUAAACCAAAUGGAAAGAACAAAGCAUUGAUCAUAGAAAUGUGUUUGAAGUCUAGCAGUUAUGCCACAAUGGCUUUGCGUGAAAUAUUGAAGAAUGAUACUUCAGCAGAAACGCAGGCCGCUUUAUCAGCCGCUCACGAUGUAGAAAAUAUAAAGUCCAACGUAACCACCAUAGAUGAAUGUAGCAGCAAAGACUUGGAAAUUGAGAAAGAUUAUACAGAAAAAAAUUCCGACGAAUGCCAUGAAGACAUUGAUGUAAAGACGGAUGAGACAAUGAAGAUAAACGAUAUAGAGAAUAUAUCAGAGACAUGUCCAAUUAUAAAAUAAAUUUUAAUAAAAAAUGUAGA